AUGCGGCCACGCACCUCGCCCCCGGCCGGCGUCGACAUGCUGACAGAUGCUCUCUCAGUGGUGCCGGACCAGCUCGCCGACCCGGCAGACCAGUCCCAGGUUCUUCAGUGCUCCUGUCCGGCACACGUGGUGGGCAGCCUCAUCGGCAAGGGAGGAGCUGCACUGAAGGAGAUCUCAGAUGCCACCGGCGUGCACCUGGACAUGCGAGACAUGGAGGGGAGCUUUGGUGAGAAGGCGAUCAUCAUCAGCGGCAAUGCUGUCGGAUGUGUCGCCGCUUACUUGCACAUCAUCGGCCGCAUAGCAAGCCUGCAGGAGUCAGGUGGUUUGGAGGACGCGCUCGUUGGCGCCGAGGGUUUUGACGCCAUGGCGGGUGCAGGCAGCUUCCUCUGA